AUGGAUAUUAAUGUACAAGCAAAUAUCGAUCAAGAAACUUUAACGUGCCCGAUUACACUUCAAGUCUUUCGUGAUCCAGUCAUAGCUAAAGAUGGUCAUGUUUAUGAGCGUGCAGCCAUUGUCAAAUGGAUUGAGAAACAUGGAACGAGUCCACUUACUCGAGAAGCACUGUCUAUUGAUGAUUUACAAGGAGAUGACUACUUGAAAUAUCUGGCUGCUCAGCGACGUACGUCGACAAUAUCUUUUAUCUCACAAAAUAACAGUUUGAUUCUUCCUAAUACCUAUGGAAACGGUAGUCGGAGUACAACCCCUUCUGGUAGCGUGACUAACAUUGGCAACCGUUCUUUGUUAAAACAGAGGAAUUGGUAUUUCCGACUUUAUUGGAUCUCUAUAUUUAUCACAAUUGUUAUCGUCGCCAUCAUAAUAGGAUUCGUCGUAGGCUUGAGACCAAAACACAAUUCAACCAACGAUUAUUCGACCAGCGACACUUCCAUCAACGAGAAUCCCACCACUGGAAAUUAUCGAGAGAGUACGUUAUUUAAGCUUGCACUCACACUCAAUAAGUUGACUUCACUUCUAAAGGAAUUUCUAACGAAUCCGUAUACUAAAAUUAUCUCUAUUGAAAUAUAAAUCUGAAUAUUUCACCAGGGUGUGGAUCUGUAUCUUGUUGUAUGUUUAUAUGAUUUCUUUACCCAUACACACAUACCCUGAAAGUACGACUUUCUGUGCUAAGCCAAAUGUUUCCGUAAGCUCUAGAUGCAUAUGUGAUAAUGUUAUGAGAAGAAAUCAGGAGAACUGGGAAAAAUGAUAUCUUGUGUAUCGAUCAGAGAUUUCGUCGGUCUUCAAUUUGUGUUGAGUGUUUUUGAAUUAAGUUGGAUAUGAAAUAUAAUGCUAGAGAAAAAUGUACUCUACAAAACCAUCACAUGGUUCGAAUUUUUAAGUUUAGUUUUUAUCAAUUUUUUCUUUGAAAAAAAAGUUUCCAUUGAUUUUUAAAAAAAUUAGUUAGUUGAAAAGACCACUUGUACAUGUUUUCCUAGGAAAUAUGAGACUGCUAUUUUAAUGACUUUCAUGAACUCUUUUGUUCUAUAUUUUUAUAACGUACUUGGAAUAGUUUAUCAAUUUAAAAAAGUGAAGUUUGCUGAAUUCUGCGUUCUCUAUUGAUAAUAUUCAAAUUUUGAAGCCAAAUUUAGGGGUAUAGAAUGAGAUUUUAUUACGAAAAUGUAGAGCACAAAAUAUUGCAACGAUGUGCAGAAUUUUUAUUUCUCGAAGCGAAAAUGUGGAGGUCAAGAAAAGUGACAAGCAAAAAGGGUUUAACGUUUUCGUGCUGAAUACAGAUUGAAGUCAACUUAAAAAAUGCAACUUUGAGUCAACAAAGAUCGUUCUAUACGGAAAAGGAUAGCGAAAAUGAUUUAUACUUUGAUCGCCGAUUUCAUAUAAUGAUGAAUCAGUUGUGAUAGUUGAGGAAUUAUGAUCUUCAAAACGUUGAUGAUUGAAGUUUAGUAGCAAUAGAGUCAGGAUUAGAUUUCUAAAAUGAUAAUGACGUUCUAAUUUUUAUUAUAGGAAAAGAGUUAGUGAAAAUCAUUGUAUUGAAUGCGGAAAAUUUUUUAAGGUGGUAUUGUUUUGUUUGGCUUUAUGUUUGCUACUCGUUGCAGAAAAAUUAGUGGAAAUACAUAUUGUGUUUUUUAAAUUUUAAAUUUUAUUCAAAACCGUGCUCAUUGAAAUCCAUGGUUUUCUGUUCGAAUAAAAAUUCAGUCUAUGAACAGGACCUAGGCAUAUGUGGCUCAUUGAGACCUCUGAUAGAAACAGAUUUAGUUUCAGUUAAGUGUAGUUAUGAUUCAUAUUUAUAAAUAUGUAUAAAUAUAUAUGAUUUAUAACUAUGAAUAACUAAAAUGAGAUCUUCAGCUAUAAGUAAUUGCAUGCUGAAGUUUUUUGAAAUCUUUGUUAAUAUUCGAAUUCAAAUCAGGCAAUCACUCUAUGAAUUGAAUAAAAUAUGAGAAUUUUGAAACGAUGCGUUGUUAAUCAAUGAAGAGUACUCUUUUGUAUCACACUCAUGUCAAUGUUCAACAAAGAAACGAUACAAUUAGAAAGCUAGAAUUCUUUUUUUUUCUAAAAUGGUAUAAUAUUGACAGCAUGAAAACUGUACAACACAAUCAAAUAUAAUUCGCAUUGAUAAAUGCAGAAGUCUUAUUUACGAAUCAGUAGUUAGUGGGUGUAGGCAUAGGUCGUGAUGGCCAAGAUCCAUAGCCACAACCUAUACUCAUCUCUAAAGAGACUUUUUUUACUUUUAGCUACUACCAAACAACCAGAUCCCAUUGCUACAGUAUGUCCAGCAAACCAAGUAUCUAUAAUCACUGUUGAAUACAAUCAAGAGAUUAAUUUCGCUACAUAUUUCACCAAAUGUCCAUCCUGUGCCAAUAUCACUGUUAACCAUAACGGUAGACUACACAAUGUUUGUUCAACUCAAGAACUUAACAUUACAGCAAAUGGUAAUGGCAUCGUAUCAAUGAAAUCAUCAUCCGUCUGCCCACGACUCGUUAAUAUCACUACUGAUGGAAAUGCGCGAGUAUACAAUAUUUGUGUGUCAGAUCAGUUAAAUAUUCUAUCGGCAAUUGGAAUCAAUGUGAUCUCAAUGAACUACAACCAACCGUCAUCAUGUCCAAAAAUCGUGAAUAUUCUGAAUGGAGGUGGCAUUUCAGAUUUUUAUGUGUGCGCAACGCAAGCAAUCAAUGCGAAUCUCAGUACUAUCGCACGAUUGUACUAUAAAGGACCAUUGAAUCAUAUUGAAAUAACCGGUUUAGCAUCGGUACACCAGUGGGUUUAGUGUUGAUGCUUUCAAAGCAAAAGCACAUACUUCAAAACCUCUCAGACUUUUCUUUCUUUUGAUAACUACACUUUUUUUCGCGUUUCAACAAAUUUUCUACUCAUCACAGUACUGCAAGAAUCCAAAAUUGCCACGGUCGCACUAAAACUAUCUUAAACUACUAGAAAAGGAAAAUAAAUCUUGUAUGCUGACCUUCAUUUUGAGGGUGUGGAUGUGCAUAUCGUAACGGCAGACUGGGUGGAAUAGCAUGCGGCCACUCUCAACGACACUGUUUAUUUGCUACUUCAUCUCUCCAGAACGUAUUUACUUCACAUUGAACGCAAGCUUAUAUAGAAGAGAACAAGAGAGAAUAGAGCAAAAGGAAAUAGCGACAGAGAUAAGAUAUGGAGAACAAAGAAGAGUCAGUGAGAAGUGGUAUCAGCAUAGGAACAGAUAUCCUUUUGGAAAUUCAUUCACAUCCACACCUUAAUGGUAGUGUGAAGAAUAAGUUUUAGGUGACAAUAAAAAACUAACAUGCGGACUAAAACAUACUUCGAGUCUUUGAGAAGGACUCAAUCAUGUCUAAUUCUGUCACUUUAUUUAUUUCUAUUUUGGCUUCGAAUCUAAUUCAUUUUUUAUAAUCAUGCAAAAAACUGUUAUCCCAUUCUUCGUUCUCUUAUUAUAAUAAAUUUCAAUAUGUAUUGCCAAGGAAAUAGUUACCAUUCAAUUAAACACAACCUAUGAUUAUUGAAAUAAGGAAUUUAGAAAUUAAAAGCAAUCAUUAGUCACCUAGCGCUUAGCUUUUAUAUAAGUUGAAAAGAGAAUUGCUGUCAUAUGUGAAAAUAUGAAGCUACGAUAAACUUAGUUGAUGUUCUUAACAAUUUAUAUCAAAUCAAAACUAAUCGUUGAUAAAUACAUCGGUUUCAUAAUACUUGUUUGGAAAACUAUCGAAGUUUAGGCUAAAAUGAUUUGUUUAUCACUGUUACCAAGUAAGCACAAGACGAGCUAAAUGACUCGUCUUUUUUCUAGUCAUGCCGACCCGUCAUGCCCGGUGUUUGUCUCAAAUUCGACUAGGACAUGACUAGUCCGGGAUUUUUGGCCGUCAUGAAGCCCCAUCUAAAUCACAUGAUUGACGGGUGACAUUUCAUGUGUCUAGUCUAGUCUUGGUUUGAGAAAGACUCAUCUAGGACUGGUCUGAAGUCGGUUGAUAUGGAACAUCAUUAUCUAAUAUGCAGACUAGUCGUAGACGAGGAUUUUUUUAGACAAAGACUAGUCAGGACGGGUGGCAGGGACGUCCGUCCGAAAAUGAUUUAAAAUUGAAAAAGUAAGCACGUCAGGGAUGGUACAUAGGACGAAUUGUAGCCUUAUAUAGUGGACGAGUCCGGACUAGUCUAAAUGGAAAUAUUUAAGGAUGGAGGUUAGAUUUGAACAUGCAUACAAUGUAUCACUUAUCCAGCGUUUAGACCAUUGAGCCGUAAGAUCAAAAGAUCAACUUCUACAUGUUCAUAAUCAUUCUAAGACGUUAUUUAACACACGUUUACUCAAAGUUUUUUAAGUUUUCAUAUGAUUAAAAAAUUAUCUUUUACAGAAUACGAGAUUAUUUAGACAACAUGAAAAAAAUAAAUUUAAAUAUUUUAUAUUUUUUUGGAGGAAUAUCUUUUAAUUAUUAUCACCUAUGGAUAAUUAGUUUCGUUAAGAAAAUAAAUUUUAAAUGCAAAAACAAAAAACUAUUUAUAUUGAAAAGAAACUAGAUUUUUUCAUAUAAUCGUUUAGUUUAGUUUUAAAUUUAGAUUAUCGUAUUUUCAACUCACAAUCCAAUUCACUUUGCUUUAUUCAGAUUUAUUCUUAAAGGGGUGUGGGUGGGUGUGAGUGUGGGUGUGUGGGUGUGGGUGUGGGUGUGGGUGUGGGUGUGGGUGUGGGUGUGGGUGUGGGUGUGGGUGUGGGUGUGGGUGUGGGUGUGGGUG